CAUAAUGGACAACAUUGUUUAGACAGGCAAUGGAGCGAUGAAUGAACAGCUUUUACAAUGCAGUGAAAAGGGAGAGCAAAAACUUUAAUAGAAGGUAGGCGUCUUUAUUAAAAAAGCGGCAAGCAUCUCGACUUUCUCUCCGGACUUUCUCUUUACUUGAGACGAUAUUGAGAAAGAUUUCCAAUUCGCCCUGAUGUUCACUGAUGACAAGAUCGAUGAGUUUUACUUUUAGAUUCGUCAAAUCACUGAAGACAGGACCAUGUGAUAUUAACGGCCGCAUGGUAUUUUCAACGAAACUGCACGACAACAUACCUCAUGUACCUAAGCAAUCUCCGCAAUCUUUAGCUGCUGAAACUUAGAAAGACUCUGUUUCUUUGAACGGAAAUAUGAGUACAGACUGCAGGUCAUUUUUGAUAUUCGAUGAAAAAAAAUAAUCAUUGCGAAUGGCUUCGAAUUCGUCGUUAGCUGAUUGCUGCCGUACGCCAACGGCACCCUCGUCAUCAUGGACGUCGUCGUCCGAUUCACCAAAUCACCCCUACCAAAUCAACGACUUCAUCCAGCGGAGCAUCGUUGCAGUCUUGCUAUCACUUACAUCGAUCAUAGGCCUUGGUGGAAAUGCUCUUGUCCUUUUGUCCGUGCUUCUUUCUCGUAAGCUGCAGACCCAGACGAACGUCUUCGUGGUCAAUCUAUGCGUCGCCGAUUUCUUGACAUGUCUCUCUUUACCCUUCCAGGCAGCCGCGGCAGUAGUUGAUGACAAAACAGAUAUGUUCUUGUUUUCUAAUGGCUUCUGUGCUCUGGUGACGAUGCUUCAAAUCAAUAGUGUCGGAUGUAGCAUUCUGACUUUGACUCUGAUAGCUUUCAACCGUUUCUUGCUGAUCACCAGAUCAAAGGCCACCUGCAGACGGAUCUUCUCGCCGUGUGUUCUAGUCAUCGCGUUGUCGUUGACGUGGUUGAUCCCAGCUGCAGAGUUUGGUAUACCUGUCAUCGCGGGCUUCAUCGACCUGAGCUAUUAUCCUCGAUUUCGCGUUUGCGCUUGGAACGAGACUUAUCCCCUUUCAAAGUUUUUGAUAGGUCCCACCUUGGUAAUUGCACUCUCCGUCACCCUGGUUUGUUACGUCAAGACAUAUCUCUUCGUCAGACGACACGCUCGAUCUGUGGAAAAUUUAACACCGGCAGUAUCGCGCCAAAAUGUCAAUCAUAGUCAUGCCAGUUUGGCAGAGAUAUCCCAAAAGGAAAAUCUCGAACACUCUCCCCAGUUCGAUCUCGUACCCCAAACACCAAAAGCGAGGAACUCCAAACAAAACGAAGUCAACAAGAGCAUUGUUAUUGAAAGCAUUUCAUACCAGGAAGAUGAGAUGCAAAGCACGAAACGAUCAACGCAAUGUGGGUCAAGAAAGCAACAGGAAAAUGCUGACGACGUCGAGAAUACCAGGCUCGAUAUCGAAAGUACAUGCAUCGUCAAUGGUAAAUCGAGGAUGAAAUCCAAAUCGAGUUCUCGAAACAUGGAAGCAGAGAUCAGCAAGAACCUCUUCUUGGUCGUGUGCGCUGUCGUCGUCAGCAUCGUUCCAUUCGUCAUUUGUUUGUCGCUGUCGUCCUGCCAGGAACCUUUCAUCUACACCGUGGUCAUCAUCUGUAUGGGAAGUUGUGUUAAUCCAAUCAUCUACGGGUUCAGGCAUCCUCAUUUCAGACCUGUAUUUGCCUCCAUCCUCUCUUGUCGGCUGGCAGACAUCCCACAGCCUUCGGCACUGGCGCGAAAAAUCCUGAACAGACGCUGAAAUGAAGCGUUUUGCAGUAUGAUAUUCUGGGAGUUCAUAAACGUGUGUCUCCACACGUUUAACUGACUAAUGUAGGACAACAAGGCUAACUCAUUGUACAAAAAAGAAAGAAAUUAGCAAAUAGUAUAAUUAUAUCUAACUUUAUUUAUUUGAUAAUUCAUACCUGAUCAAUUGAUUACUGUACUUUGUAUAAUACAGUGCGUCCCUAAGAAAACGAAACCGGGAUUACUUUGUUUAAUCACUUGAUUCCUAUAAUCAUAUUUUUUUUAAUGAAUGAGAUAUAUUUUAUCAAGCAUAAAUACUGAUUUAAGAUGUUACAUGAAAGAGUGAGAAUUAAUGUUUCUAAAAAUUUAUGUGAUAAUUUCUUUCAUGAAUCAAUCGCCAAACGAUUUUGAUAGCUCCCGAGAUAGCUCUUGCAUCAUUGCGUGAAUGUUUGUUUUAAUGACAUUAAUAACGCAUGCAUCUCAAGAAAAAACAUGAAGACCCAAACUUUUUAAAUAAUGUAAUAAUACUGAAUUAUUUAUCAUAAAACAGUAUGGUAGAUCUCGGAUUUAGAGUUUCUUUGUCUGGUGUUUGUUUUGUUUAAUUUUUUAUUUAUUCAAUUAUUCUGGAACGCACAUCCUAUUACAACAAAGAUAAAAAUAUGCACAUCUCUAAGCUAGUACAAUAAAAAAAAUAGUACCGUCUUUUUGGUAAUGUUUACCUAUUAUAUAUAUGCCAGGAUGAUGGAAAGCAGUGAGGAAAAGUAUCGAAUAGAAUCACAAUAUUUUAAGAAGAAAAUAUCACCGUGACAAAAAUAUGAAAGAAACAAAAGUAAAUAGAUGCAAUUUAAAAAAAUGAAAAUAAGAGGAAUGAAAAUUGGAACGGAAAGAUUGAAAUGAAAUAAUGAAGCAGUUGUCAGUUUAAGAUCCGGGAGAAUUUCACUCUCCAUA